GGAUCGAAGCUACCGACCUGUCCAGCCUGCUGGAGCAGUUUGAGAAGUCUGAAGCCAAGAAAGAGAAGGCUGCUCCCGUGCAGCCCCCUGAGGAGAAGCAGCCAGCAGGGAGCUUGGGACCUGAGACCCAGCAGGACAGGAAGCCCUUGGACAACCUGCAGGCCUCUGAGCUGGCCAACGUGGCAGGUAAUGCCCAGGGCAAGGCGGGGGAGCCCUCUGAGCCUGACUGGAAGCCAUUGCCUGCCGUCUCGCUGCUGGCCCAGGCCAAGUCACCUGCGUCAACACCCCAGGAAGGGCCCCAGAAGACGAUCAGGCCGGUGAAAGCCAAGGUGCUGCCUCCAAGCAGGCUUCAGGGGAAGAGCCUGGCACCAGCCCACACCAGCUCGGCCCCCAGCCACGUCUGCUCGGGAGACCAUGACUACUGCAUCCCGGGUGCAGUGUGGCCGGAGAGCAACAACAGCAGCCCUGGCAUGCAGCCCCCUGCUGAGGGCGGCUCCCGCUGGAACGUCAAACACCACUGGGACAUCACUAUCAAGCCAAUCUCCUCCUUAACCAAACGGAUGCUGGACCAGCCCAAGCCCACCUUGCCGUCCCCCACCACCACCGUGGAGCCCAGCCAGGAGCCCCUGGGGACGCCUUGCCCAGCCCCCCUGGAUUAUCGGACUAGCAUCCCUGACAAGGCCACUGCCAGUUCAGAUGGAGCUAGCGAGUCCUCGUCUUCAUCUUCUUCCUCCUCUUCCCGAUCGCGGUCACGGUCGUUCUCCCCACCGCCCAAGCGAUGGCGAAGGUACCGCUCAAGAUGUUCGCACAGCUCCUCCUCCCGUUCCAGCUGUGGUUCAUGUGGCAGGUCCCGGGACAGGUCCUCAUCCUCGUCAUCGGCAUCCUCCUACUCAUCCAGGUCCACGUCCCGCAGCCAGUCCCGCUCCCCCUCACCCCGCAGGAGGAGUAACAGGUGGAGAAGAUACAGUUACGAUGCACAGGACCACUACCAAAGGCAGAGGAUCCUCCAGAAGGAACGUGCAAUAGAGGAGCGGCGAGUGGUGUUCAUUGGCAAGAUCCCCAGCAGGAUGACGCGGUCGGAGCUGCGGCACCGCUUCUCCGUGUUCGGGGACAUCGAGGAGUGCACGCUGCACUUCCGCUCCGAGGGGGACAACUACGGCUUUGUCACCUACCGCUAUGCCGAGGAAGCCUUUGCUGCCAUCGAGAGUGGGCACAAGCUGCGGCGCCCGGAUGAGCAGCCCUUCGACCUGUGCUUCGGCGGCCGCCGGCAGUUCUGCAGGAGGAACUAUGCCGACUUGGACUCAAACCGGGAGGAUUUCGACCCGGCCCCUGUGAAGAGCAAGUUUGACUCCCUGGACUUCGACACGCUGCUGCGGCAGGCACAGCGCAACCUGCGGAGGUAGCAGCAGGCGAGGCGGAGCACCCGCCCCCACUUUUAUACUCAAAUACAAAAGACAAAAAAGUAUGGAGAGGGGAGAGAGAGAGGGGGAGAUGGGGUUUUUAAGAAAAAGAAAAAGGAAAAAAAAGAAAUUCGUUUUAUAACCGGUAUUUAAGGAGGACGGGUCAUUGCCUUGACUAGAGGGGCCCCUGUGAAUGGCAGCCCCAGGCUUGCCUCAGCCGUGAAAUAAAUGUGGAUGCCCAAACA